AUGGGGGAAUCCAAACAACUCCUCUGGCACAAGAAAAAGGGUAUAAAAACAUCCGAGAAUCAGGAAUGUGUGCAGUCAUGUCUGAGUCUCAUCAACUGGUUUUCUUCCUCGGAGAUGAGGCCAAAGGCAAAGAAGAGCGGAAGCUUGUGCGAAGGCUUUAGUCUUCAGAUCGCCGACGCUCGAGGGGCACUUGAGUUGGACGGAAAUUAG